AUGUCUAUGAACAAGAAAGACGAGGAUGACGCCGGCAUCGUCAAAGUUGACCGGACGAGUGUCUUCCAGGAGGCCCGCGUGUUCAACACCUCCCCAGUCAGUCCCCGCCGCUGCCGAAUCCUCCUCACCAAGAUAGCCCUCCUCCUCUUCACAGGCGAAAAGUUCCCACAACAAGAAGCCACCUCGCUCUUCUUUGGCAUAAGCAAGCUCUUCCAGAACAAAGAUGCCUCCCUACGGCAGAUGGUGUACUUGGUCAUCAAGGAGCUCAGUAAAGAUGCCGAGGAUGUUAUCAUGGUUACGAGCAGUAUCAUGAAGGAUACUGCGGCGGUGGGGAGUGAUGUUGUGUAUAGGGCAAAUGCUAUACGGGCGCUGUGUAGAAUUAUUGAUGCCUCGACUGUCCAAGCCAUCGAGAGAAACAUCAAGACUGCGAUCGUAGACAAGACUCCCUCUGUCUCUUCAGCAGCACUGGUUUCCUCCUAUCACCUCCUACCAAUCGCCCGCGACAUCGUCCGAAGAUGGCAGAGCGAAACACAAGAAGCUGCGUCCGGCAGCAAAUCCUCUGGCGGCUUCAUGGGCUUCGGAGGCAGUGCACAACAUGCCACGCUGGCUGCUGGCAACAAUUACAUGACACAGUACCACGCCAUUGGCCUUCUUUAUCAAAUGCGAAGUCACGAUCGCAUGGCCCUGGUCAAGAUGGUACAGCAGUAUAGUGCAGCUGGUGUGGUGAAGUCACCCGCUGCUCGCGUUAUGCUAGUACGCCUGGCCACUAAACUUGCGGAAGACGAUCCCAGCCUCCGCCGACCGAUGAUGAAAUUAUUGGACGACUGGCUCCGCGACAAGAGCGAAAUGGUCAACUUCGAAGCUGCAAAGGCUAUCUGCAGCAUGCCUGACCUGACAGACACGGAAGUUGGCCAAGCAAUCCACGUUCUUCAGCUCUUCCUCACCUCACCUCGCGCCAUCACUAAAUUCGCCGCCAUCCGCAUCCUCCACCAAUUCGCCAGCUUCAAGCCUGAUGCAGUACGGCAAUGCAACCCGGAUAUUGAGAGCCUCAUCAGCAACACUAAUCGCAGCAUUGCCACAUUCGCCAUCACUACCCUGCUGAAAACUGGCAACGAGUCCAGUGUCGACCGUCUGAUGAAGCAAAUCUCCUCCUUCAUGUCCGAGAUUACGGACGAGUUCAAAGUCACCAUCGUGGAAGCCAUUCGCACUCUCUGCCUCAAAUUCCCAUCAAAACAAGCUGGUAUGCUUUCCUUCUUGUCUGGUAUCCUACGAGACGAAGGCGGCUUCGACUUCAAGCGUGCUGUUGUGGAGAGCAUUUUCGACCUCAUCAAGUUUGUGCCUGAGAGCAAGGAGGAAGCUUUGGCACAUUUGUGUGAGUUCAUCGAGGAUUGCGAGUUUACGAAGCUAGCAGUGAGAAUCUUGCAUUUGCUUGGUAUGGAAGGCCCAACGACGAGGCAGCCGACGAAGUACAUCCGAUACAUCUACAACCGCGUCGUUCUGGAGAAUGCCAUCGUGCGGGCCGCAGCUGUGACGGCGCUUGGGAAGUUCGGCGUUGGGCAGACCGAUCACGAAGUCAAGAGUUCGGUGCAGGUUCUGCUGACUCGAUGUCUGGAUGACACGGAUGAUGAAGUACGAGAUCGCGCAGCAUUGAAUUUACGGCUAAUGAAGGAAGACGAUGAAGUGGCUAGAAAGUUUGUAAGGAACGACAGCAUGUUCUCCCUACCUGUUCUAGAGGACCAGCUGGCACACUACGUCAAUGGCUCGAGCGCAGAGGCUUUCGCGGAACCUUUCGAUUUCAAGAAUGUGCCUGUUGUGAGCCGCGAACAGAGUCUUGCCGAGGACAGGACGAAGAAACUCACAACUGCGACACCAACCCUCAAAGCUCCAUCUCUUGGACCGAAGAAGGAAGCUAAUUCGAAUUCGGCUAUGGCGGACUCGGCUCGUGAGGCUACGGUUGCGAGUCAGAAAUAUGCGCAACAGCUUUCUGCUGUACCUGAGUUCGGGAGCUAUGGCGCCGUGCUCAAGAGUUCUCCUGUUGUGGAGCUUACGGAGAGCGAGACCGAGUAUGUGGUUUCGGGCAUCAAGCACCUUUUCAAAGAACACCUGGUCUUGCAAUUCGAGGUCAGGAAUACGCUCGCCGACUACGUGCUUGGGGAUGUCAGUGUGCUUUGUGUCGCGACUGCAGCCGGGGACGAGGGAGGCAGCGGUGGUUACGAGGAGGAGUUCAUCGUUCCUGUGCCUGUUCUCAAAGCUGAGGAGACGGCUACUGUUUAUGUCUCCUUCUCCCGCGGCGAGGAGGCUUUCGCUACUGCGUCUUUUGCGAACGUUCUCAAAUUCACGCUCAAGGAGAUCGAUCCUGCUACCUCGGAGCCGGAAGAGGGCGGAUAUGAGGAUGAGUACCAGCUGGGUGAUCUGGAUAUCACAGGCGCGGAUUACAUUCUACCUGCCUACGCCGGCAGCUUCGAUAACAUCUGGUCUGGACUUGAGAGCUCCGAUGCUGAUGAAGCGGAGGAGACCUUGCAACUCGGCAACGUCAAGUCUAUAUCUGACGGCGUUGAGAUGCUUAUUAAGACUUUGGGAAUGCAGGCGUUGGACGGAAGCGAGAUUGCGCUGUCAACGUCUACGCAUCAGCUCAGGCUUUUUGGACGGAGUGUCCAGGGUGGCAAGGUCGCGGCGUUGGUCAGGAUGGCAGCGAGUGCGAAGAGUGGUGUCACGGUCAAGAUCGUUGUCAAGAGCGAGGAGCAAGGACUUGCGGGAAGGGUGGUGGAGGGGGUCUCUUGA